AUGUUGUUAGGUUUCCGCACAGCGAGGCAAUCUUUGAGAGCUGGUUCGGGUCUUUGUGUGCAACACAUUACGAGAGGAAUCACAACACAGGACAAAGUAAGCACCGAAACAGAUGACGGGGUUUCUCCAUCACUGAACGCUGACGAUGCUAAAGCUGAGCCUCAUGAUGAGCUAUCACUUCUACGUCAAAGAGAAUAUAAUGAUCAAGUGAAGGAACUUCUGAAAUCAUUUUCAGAAACCACGAUAGACGACAUCCCCGAUUUUCACGACUCUCUAUCUAAAGAACUGGGCGUGAAAGAGCAACAGCUCGACGAAGAGCUCACUUCAUUCCUCAAGCAGUUUUCCCGUUACAACAAGAUAAUCGAGCCCAAGUCUGAACGUGAAGCUACCCAAAAGCUAUCGAACCAAUCGCGUAUCAAGUCAUUUCCUUUCUUGGUACCCUCUCCAAAAGACAAGCCAUACUCCAAGCAAGAAUUGUUCUUGCGUCAGAUGAAACAUGCGGAUAGAACCGCUAAGUUAGGGGCAUCCAUUGAGGGCGUUUACUUCCCACAUAAUGAUAUCUUUUCUCCUCCAACCAGCGAUCAGCUGUCUAUUUCAAAGUUGCUCGCUGCCGGUGUGCAUUUGGGUCAAUCCACUUCUUUGUGGAGACCUAGCACACAACCCUACAUCUAUGGCGAAUACAAGGGCAUACACAUCAUUGAUCUCAACAAAACUCUUUCUCAUUUGAAGAGAGCAGCCACUGUGGUCCAAGGCGUUGCUGAAAGAGGUGGUACCAUUCUAUUCCUAGGUACAAGAGAAGGCCAGAAAAGAGCUUUGCAAGAAGCGGCCAGAAGGACACACGGGUUUUACGUAUCUACUAGAUGGAUUCCAGGGACGUUAACAAAUCCAACAGAAAUCUCUAGUGUGUGGGAGAGACAUGAGGUAGACUUUGCCGACCAGCCGACCAACAGACCUCUGAACGCUGACGAGGAAGCUGCAAUUGUCAAGCCAGAUUUGUUGAUCAUUCUAAAUCCUACAGAAAACAGAAACGCCUUGAAUGAGGCGAUGCAAGCUAGAAUACCUACAAUCGGGAUCAUCGACACGGAUUCUGAACCGUCGCUAUUCACGUAUCCUAUUCCAGGUAACGACGAUUCACUUCGGUCUGUUAAUCUACUUUUGAGCGUGUUGGCCAAGGCCGGUCAAAUAGGGCUUCAAGCGCGGCUCUCGAAAACAGUUUCCCAGUGA